CAAGGCACAGGGUUUGGGCUGGGAGGGGGACCGGUUGGUCCCGGGCUCAUCCCGCUUUGCGCGUGCGCAGACGGUAAACCAACGCCCGGGAGUUGAGGCGCGGGUUUGGUGGCGCGUUUUAGCGAAGUCGCACGUGAAGGGCAGUAGUGGCCGGAGCCGGACCCAGCCAUGGCAGGCCCAGGCAGCAGUUCACCGUGGGGCAAGCAUGUGUUCAAAGUCAUCCUGAUGGUCCUAGUGGCCCUCGUCCUCCUCCACUCAGCAUCAUCCCAGUCCCAUGCAGACUUUGUGCCCCCAGGCCAGCAGAAGAAGGAGGCCCCAGUCGAUCUCUUGAGCCAGAUGGGCCGCUCUAUGCGGGGAACACUGGAUGCCUGGCUUGGGCCAGAGACCAUGCACCUGGUUUCCGAGACCUUGUCUCAGGUGAUGUGGGCCAUCUCCUCGGCCAUCUCAGUGGCCUUCUUCGCACUGUCCGGGAUCACUGCGCAGCUGCUGAAUGCCUUGGGACUGGAUGGAGACCACCUCACGCAGGGCCUGAAGCUCAGCCCCAGCCAGGUCCAGACGUUCCUGCUGUGGGGAGCAGGGGCCCUAGUCGUCUAUUGGCUUCUGUCCCUGCUCCUUGGCUUGGUGUUGGCCUUGCUGGGGCGGAUCCUGUGGGGCCUGAAGCUUGUCCUCUUCCUUGCCGGCUUUGUGGCCCUGGUGAGGUCUGUGCCCGACCCCUCCAGCCGGGCCUUGCUCCUUCUGGCCCUGCUGACCCUCUACGCCUUGCUGAGCCGGCUCACUGGCACCCGGGCCUCCGGGGCCCAGCUGGAGGCCAAGGUUCGGGGGCUGGAGCGGCAGGUGGAAGAGCUGCGCUGGCGGCAGAGGCGGGCGGCCAAGGGGCCCCGGAGUGUGGAGGAGGAGUGAGGAGGCCGCCGGACGAGGACACCUUCGUCAUACCAAAGAGCUGCACUGCUUCUGGAUCCCCUAGCACUCCUUCCGGCCCCCCGCCCCUUUCUUGCCCUGUCUCUGAACUGUCAGAGCCUUCAACCCUGCCCCAGACCCUUUGGCUGAGAAAGAAGAAGACCAUGCCCCAUGCUGGUCCGCAGGGGCCCUGUCUUGUGAGGUUGUCUGGGAUUGGUUGUCUUAACCCUUUCUCUGCUCCCUGCCUGCCUCAGUCAGGCCAGCUUGGAAGGGCCCCCCCUGUGGCUUGUGCAUCUGCUCUCAGUGGACAUCACUGCCAUGGGUCCUCCCGUGACUCAGCCGGCUCCCCUCUGCUGCCGCCUUGCCUUCCCCCUGAUGCUCUUGCUCUCCUGUCCUUCUGGAUCUCCUCCUCUGCCAAGUCCCCAGCUUCCUUCCUGUUUGUCUUCUUCUAGCCCAGCACUCCGCCCAAACCACUGCCCCUCAAGGCAUGUUCCUGUGCUCUUCAUUGCCUAGCCCUGGGGAAGAGGCAAGGCAUAUGGACCUGAGGGGAAGGGCUUGUGGGGGGUGGGGGGGUGGAGUUCCCCACCGGGGCUGGGAAUGAGGAUAUACACUGAGUUUCAUUAAGUGCCUUAAUCCGAGCCAGCAGGGCCCUCUGCUUGCCCGCUGCUGUACUGUAUGUAGGAAAGUGCACUGUGGCUGUUUUGUGUCAAGAAGAGAGUUGUCCCUCUCGGAACCUUGAUUCCCCUUGAGCCAGAGCCAAAGGUGACUGCUUCAUCGGCUUAUGGCUGCAAGUAGGACCCUGCAGUGGCCAUCAGAUCCCCUGUGGGGAUUUCAGAGACACUGAAGGAGGGAGGAGGAGCCUCUGGUCUGCGCCGCCGCUCAAGACAGUUCUCCACCCGUCUCCCUCCACUCACUGCCACUAAGGAACCGCUGGCCCCAGUGGCCCCAGGGGGAGUGCAGGGCAGACAAACCAGAGCUGCACACAUGGCCCCUUCCCCUCCCAAGCUCCAAGACAGAGCUGGGUGCCUGUCACCGGAGCCCUCUCCACCGGGGGUCUCAUUCUUCCUCUGGGGCUCUGGUGGAGGUGGGCAUCCUCUGCCAGGCCCAGCACAUCAUGUGAAGAAUGAGUUCAGUGCCCGGUUCUUACUGUCAAGGUUUGAUGUGGAAUCACAGCUGCAGUGAUGCGUAUUUUUAUCAGCGCUUGGUUGGUUUUAAAUAAAAUGCACGCUAUUUUAUUAUCUCGUUCCAUAUAAAAUGUAUUUACUCAAA